GAUGUCUUGAGCUAACUGGAUCCUAUAAAGGAGCUGUUGUGGUAGCAGACCACGAAACAUGGUUGAAAUUCUUCAGAACAUAUCUCCUGACUUUUUAUUUAUGUAUGUAAUCACUGUUUUCUUUUUUCGGGGUUUUUUCCGAUGCAGAAUUUUUACUACCAAAUACCCUUCCUGUCACCAACUCCUUUAGUUAUCUCCCAUGACAUGUGAGCGCAUGCACAUGCACACACAUACGCAGACACAUACAUGUGUGCGUGGAAAGACAUAGAGAGUGCACUAUAAAAGGAACUUACUGGAGUGUUAUAAGUAAAACAGACUUGCUAUGAAAAUGGGUAUUUACGUAAAGUCAUACCGAUAAAUUUUCCUCAUCUCAAUAAUUUUAACGACGUGUAGUGCUUAUAUGUACACACACACACACACUGAAUAAAAUACGUUGAUUUUAUUCGAAUACUCGAAAACAUUAUUAACAAGCUAAGAGAGAGAGAGAGUUGUAUGCAGUGUUCAGGAGAGAUCCGGAACUAUUUUACAGACGCAACUAUAUUUCAGCUACCACCGUCCCUGUAGAUUUUCAAGCCGUCAUUGGAUGUAAAUCAUGGCUGAUGGUUCAGGUGAUGGUGCUCCUCUUGAAAAUAUGUCUGCCCUCCGCCACCAAGUGGAGGCCAUACGCGACAGCAGAGGACAGCAGCAGCAGCAACAACCACAACAGCAGCAUCCACAACAACCGCAGAGAUCCCUGCCGUCUCCAUUACAAGCAGCAACCCAUCCAUUGCCAUCAUCCACAUCCUUGUCAGCAGCGUCGUCGUCAUCGUCAGCCUCGUCAUUGUCUUCGUCUUCAUCAUCAUCAUUAUCAUCGUCCUCAUCCCAUCAGCUGUCCCAACACCACCACCAGACCCCAGUGAACAACACCAACAAUAUGAGAGCCAGCUGCAAUGUUGUGGCAGCCACCACCUCUUCGAAUUUGAAUAAUGCCAGUGCCAAACAGAACAAUGUUGACCGAGAGGUUCAGUCUCAGGUGCAACUAUCUACCAGUAAUAUGGUUGGGGCAUGUGCCGGAGCUUCUUGCUUGCCCUCAGGAGGCAGCCAUUCCACAUACAACUACAUUGCCUCCAACAGCAGCAACGCAGGCCUGCAGUCAAAGGACAACCGUGCAGCUUUUGGUGGUAUGAAGAAAGGUUUCUUAGAAAACAUGACAAACAAUUCCAGGGAUGGCAGCAGUAAUGUUGGUGGUGGUGGCGGCAGCAGCAGUGGUGGUGGUGGUGGUGGUAUUAGUAAUAGUAGUAGUAAUAAUAGUGGUGCUACUGGCAGUGCUGGUGCUAGUGGUGGUUGCAACAACAAACGCAGCAACGAGACGAAGAAUUUGAUUGAUUGUAACCAGAUAGGCAGCAAGAAAACUUAUAACAAGGACAUGCCAUUUAUUAAACCAAAGAACACUGAUGUUAGAAGUUCCAGUUUUGAAUUGCAUGAAGAACUUGAAAAUAUCCGGGAGAAGCAGACACUUCUCAAUUCCACAGAGUGGGUUACCGAUGCCUUGUUGACACGUCUUCAAAGCAAUCCAAAUUUAAUCGGUCGGCUCUCAGACCCUACUUUCAUCGAAGCCAUCACAGACUUCCAAAAGAACCCCCAGUCUGCUAUGGCCAAAUACCAGGGAGACAAAGAUCUUCAAGCAUCUAUGCAAGAAUUCUGUAGUAUAUUAGGUGACCAUCUCUUGAAGUUGGACAAGAAAGACGGCACUCACAAGCCGUGUAACUUGGCAGCAGCCACACCCCUUCAGGAUGUGGCUGCUCCCUCCUCCGCCUCCUCCUCCUCCUCCUCCAGUGGCGAGGCUGCCUCUUCCUCCGCUUCUCUGAACCACAUGUCUUCUGCUUACAUGGACAACGAGCAUAGAAUGCAGGACCUACUUACUGAUCCUGAAAUCCGGGAAGCCCUCGUUGACAAGAAGGUCCAAGAAGUAAUUGCAAUGCAAAGUCAAAACCCUGAAAGAGCCCAAAGUAUGUUACACCAAGGAGAUGCUGAAUUGCGGAAGAAAGUAAGGAAACUUGUUGAUGCUGGAUUGUUAACUUUCAACUCUUGAGCGGCUAAUUGGAGACACCACCAAAUUUCCACCACCACAACAAGUCAACCACAUUUAGACCAUUCGGUCUAGUCUACACACUAGAAUAGAAUCUCAUUGGAAGCCUUUUUUUUUCUUUUCCUUUUUUUCUUAUUUACGUAAAAACAUAUCUUUACCUUUCCCCCUUCUGCUAACUCACCCAACCCCUGCAGUGAGUGAUCUAUAGUUUCUGAGAACAUUUAGUACAGCCAUGCACACCCAACACACAUAUGAGCAUUAUUAUCCUUACACGUGUGUUUUUUUAACCAUUAGUCAGGGGUGGGUGGUACAGGGCCCAUAGUUUUAUGCAAAUGAAGUUAUUGUGAUUUGAUGUUCAGUUUAGAUGAUGUAGGUUUGUGGUUGAAGGUGGAUUGGUGGGCAACAGGGUUAGAGUUUCACAGGGUAUCAGUUAAGUGGCAGAAGAAUUGUACAAAAAGCAUGUAAAAGAAAAAAAGAAACUUUUUUUUAAAACUCAUUAAUCUGGGUGAAGGGAGAGAAAAAGCCUGUUUUGGUUCCUUUUGACAAAUCAGUAAAGAAUAAUUGAUUGUAAUUAAUGUGGUUACUGUUGACAAGGACGAAAGUUCCAGGUGGAGGCAAGAUUAGGGAAGAAGGAUUGUAUAAUGUAUUUAGCUAAAAAAUGUAAAUGAUGAAACACAAUGUGUGAUAUGAUGAGAAGAUGAGAAAAGUUUGUCAGAUCAGGGGAGCAGAGCCUGUUGUAAUCGUAUAAUGAAAAACAUAGUGAAGACAGCUUGAAACUGGAUCAACAACCUAUUUCUCUCUCCUCAUCUUUCCUUCAUUUGACAAGAAGUUCUGCAAACCCUCCUUCAGACCUACAUCAUCACUGAUGUCCUUUAGCUUAAAAAAAAAUUAUCUAAAGUUAAGCAGCUUAAAUGAUGGAACCACAGCACAAAAAAAAAAAAAAUGAAAAACAAAACAAACAUUUAGAUGUGACCCUCGAUUUAUAAACAGCAUGUGAUACCACUGCCUGAUGCAGGAUUUGAACUCCUGAGCUAUUAACUAAAAAGCCUAUAUGUUAUCUGCUUGACUAUUUGAGCUUCCAAUUUCUUUUGUUGAGUAACAUUUAUAGACUAAUGUAUGACUGCAAGGUCUUUGGUCUUGUACACAAACUCACAGCUUUCAGGUCACCGUGAACACCCUACUAGUCACUUUAACUAGGGUAUUGUAUACUGUAGAAUACACAAGCAUAAAAAUAAUAACUCAGAAAUAUUAAAAAAGCACUCAUCAUCAUUCUUCUUCUCAUUAUUAUUAUUAUUAUUAUGAUAUAUAUAUUAAGAAGGCAGUGAGCUGACAGAAUCGUUAACACCCGGACAAAAUGCUUAGCAGCAUUUCAUCUAUCUUCAAAUUCUGAGUUCAAAUCCUAUUGAGGUUGACUUUGCCUUUCAUCCUUUGGGGUUGAUAAAAUAAGUACCAGUUGAGUACUGAAUUCAAUGCAAUCGACUUACACCCCUCCCCAAAAUUGCUGGCCUUGUGCCAUAAUUUGAAAUCAUUAUUAUUAAGAUAGCAAGCUGGCAGAAUCAUUAGCAUGCCACACAAAAUGCUUAGCGCCGCUAAGGUCAACUUUGCUUAUCAGCCUUUUGGGGUCGAUGAAGUGAUUACUAGUUAUGUACUGGGGUUAAUAUAAUCAACUAGCCCUGACCCCAAAAUUUCAGGUCUUAUGCCUUUAGUAGAAAGGAUUAUUAUUAUUAUGGUGAAUUGACAGAAUUGGUAGUGUCAGACAAAAUGUUCAAUGACAUUUGUUACAGCUCUUUACAUUCUGAGUUCAAAUCUCACCAAAGUCAACUUUGCCUUUCAUCCUGCCAGGGUUGAUAAAAUAAAGUACCGGUCUAGUAUUAAUACCUUUCUCUCAGAAUUUGAACUUGUUCCCAAAUAUGAAAGUUAUUAUUAUGGCUAGACAGGACUAUAAUUUUGUAGGUAAGGUGAGAUCUUAGGUUAGAGAAAUUUACUCACCCCACUGCAGUUUAUUAUUGGUAUUUCUCGUCUUGAAUCCCAACAUUUGACAGAGGAAUAAAUAUCAGUGUCAAUUCUGAUAGAAUUUGAACUAAGAACUGCAAAUAUUUCGAUAGUUGCUCUUCCUGGUGAACAUUGUGAAGACUGUAUGCUGUCACACUUAAUAUUUUGCUAUAUUUACCUUACAAGCCAUCAAAAACGGUAACUUUGACCCUCUGGAAUGGAUACAAUCAUAAAUGAAAAAAAUACAGUAAUAGUCAGGUGUUCAUCUAGUACACUGUAUCUCUCUUUCAAAAAAAAGAAAAACCAAAAAUAUACCAAUUUUAUGCUUGAAAAAUUAAUCCAAUAUUUUCCACAUGUAGAACAGUGGAGUUUGGCUCAGUGCUGUAAGAACCUGUUUAGGUUCAUUAGCAUUUCCUACUUCAGUAUCUCAUUGCUUUUUAGUUCAAACCUUGUCAUGACUAAGACAACACCAUUUUCUUUCCUUCUACAGUGAGCCUGUUGACUGUUUCUUCUCCCCACUUUUUUUUCUCUCUUAUUAUUAGGAGACAAAAAUCUAUAUUUGCUUCCUUGAGAUAAAUUUUACUAAGAAAACCUUUACUAUGUUCUUUUUUUCCCCUCUCUCUGAGAUUCUCUGUAAAUUUAGCAAAUAAAAUCUAUUUUUCUGCA